UGGAGAAAGAAAGACAAUUCGUUGUUUAACUGUUGGUCGCCAUUUUGAGAACCUGCGAACAGCCUUUGGAGGUGGUUGUUGAGCAGCAGGACCUUUAAUUCUUUUGGUAUUUUAAAAAUAAUUUUUGCCUAUAUUAGGACCAAUGUCUCGAUUCAACAAUAAUCGUGGCGGCUUUGGAAUGAAUCAUUUCCAGCCGCGCAGAGGUGGGCCCGGCGGCCCCAUGCGAGGUGGGCUUAUGGGAAACCCAAAUUUUAGGAAUAAUCCUUUCCAGAAUCAAAAUCAAAACCGGAGGGGGCACAACUUCAACAGACCACCACACCAAGGAUCGCAGAACACUCCCCAGAAGCCGCAACAGAACCAGUCGCUACCCAUCAUCCCUCCGCCGACUCCAGGCCCGGCUCUCACGAUGGAAGGCCCGAUUAAGCAGCAACAGCAGCAGAAACCGGCGCAAGAGCAGCAGAAAUCCACAACCCCUGGGCCCCAGCCGAAGGUUCAGUCACCACCACCCAAACCUAACGUGACCUCCCCUCAGCCAAACCAGGCAAACAAGAACCUGAACCAGCAGCUGAAGUCACCCGUGGCAAAUGCUAACGGACAGCAGCAGAAGCCGACUCCACACCCAAGCCCGAAAGCAGUUGGGCCGCAGCAAGGUCAGAAACCAACCCCUCAACAAAGCCAGAAGCCGGGACCCCAGCAGGGCCAGAAGCCGGGACCCCAGCAGGGCCAGAAGCCGGGACCCCAGCAGGGCCAGAAGCCGGGACCCCAGCAGGGCCAGAAGCCUGGACCUCAACAAGGCCAGAGACCAGGACUUCAACAAGGCCAAAAUGCAGGGCCACCGGCCAUGAAAGUCAAAGUGGAGCCCAGUCAACAGUCACAAGAGACCAUGAACACUGACGCAAGUCGGUCAGAAGAGAGCCAAUCUAAGGCUGAGUUCAAGGCGACGCUGUCCAUGUUGCUGAAGCCAGGUGAGAAGUCCUACACACAGCGGUGCCGCUUGUUUGUUGGUAACCUGCCCAACGACAUCACAGAGGACGAUUUCAGGAGGAUGUUUGCAAAAUAUGGGGAGCCCACUGAGGUCUUUAUCAACAAGGGGAAAGGCUUUGGUUUCAUCCGACUGGAAUCUCGGGCACUUGCAGAGAUAGCAAAAGCUGAGCUGGAUGACACACCAAUGAAGGGCAGACCCUUGCGUGUCCGAUUUGCUACACACUCUGCAGCGCUGUCUGUAAAGAAUCUGUCACCAUUUGUAUCCAAUGAACUCCUAGAGGAAGCUUUCUCACAGUUCGGAAUGGUAGAGAGGGCCAUCGUGGUUGUAGAUGAUCGUGGACGCUCCACGGGCAGAGGAAUCGUUGAAUUUGCCUCCAGACCUGCUGCCAGAAAGGCUUUAGAGAGGUGUAACGAGGGGGUCUUCCUGCUCACUACGUCUCCUCGGCCUGUUGUUGUCGAGCCUCUGGAGCAGUACGAUAGUGAAGAUGGUCUUCCAGAGAAGUUGGCACAGAAGAACCCCAAAUAUAAAACAGAGCGUGAGGAGCCUCCUCGCUUUGCCCGUCCAGGCACUUUUGAGUUUGAGUAUGCAAAGCGCUGGAAAUCCCUUGAUGAAAUGGAAAAGCAGCAAAGACAACAGGUGGAGAAGAACAUGCGCGAGGCUCGUGACAAACUCGAGAGCGAGAUGGAGGAUGCUUACCAUGAGCACCAGGCCAAUCUGCUCCGUCAAGAUCUGUUGAGGCGACAGGAAGAGCUGAGGCGUAUGGAGGAGAUGCACAAUCAGGAGAUGCAAAAGAGGAAGGAAAUGCAGCUCAGACAAGAGGAAGAGCGGCGCAGACAGGAGGAGGAGAUGCUUCGGAAGAGAGAGUUAGAAGAACAGAUGCGCCGUCAGCGUGAGGAGAACUACAGGAUGGGCAGCUUUAUGGAUAGGGACAGAGAAAUGAGAAUGCAUCCUGGUGGAGCUUUGGGCAUGGGUGAUAUGUCCUUUGGUGGAUCCUCACAGAAAUUCUCUAUGGGCGGACUUGGGUUUGAGAGUCAGCAGGGAAUGGGAGGACCAGGAGGCCUGAUGGGCAACGAAAUGCGCAAUGAGCGCUUCACUCCGGGUGGUGCGAGGGGAAUGGGUCCUGGUAACCCCGGGUAUGGCAGGGUCCGCGAGGAGUUUGAUGGUCCUGCUAAGAAACCCCGUUUUUAAACGCUGCUCUUUUGAUGCUUCCAGCAGCACCAUUUGUACAGUUUUUCUCUAAAAACAAAAAUGUUGAUUCAAAUUUCUUGUAUUUAAGUUUAAAUUGUUACAACAUUUUAGCCAAUUUACUCAGUUAUUGAAAGUCAAUAUUUUCAUUUUUUACUUUGUCUCUAGUCUGAAAAGAGAAGUUACUCUUAGGUGAUCCAGUUGUUCUUUUUGACCAUGUAUAAUUUUCUUUCUUUUUUUUCUUUUUCUUUUUUUUUUUUUUUUAAAGAUGUGUUAUGCUCUGUGAGUCGUCGUGAAGUGCUAACUGUAACAUUUUUUCUGAACUUCCUAUGGCUGUGUUUUGUGCCAUGCAUUUGGAGUCAACGCAUGUACUAUAAUAAAGAGACAUUGGUUCAAUCAGGAAAAACCUUUAACCUUUUAUUCUUAAAAAUGAAACGUGUAGUACGUUCAGAAAGCAGCAAUGGGCUGUUUGCGGAAAUUGAAUAAUGUGGUUACCUCUGCCACAUUAGCUCUUAAAGAUUCUAUGUGUUAUUUUCUCAAGUCCUGCCCACUUUAGUUCAGUGAUGCGUGCACAGUCUGAAAAGAAUUAACUCAUGGUAUGACAGAAAUUAGCAGCAAGUAUGACAUGGCUUUAUCAGCUAAUUCCCACAUUGAUGAAUAAGUAUUUUUACAAUAUAUUUCAAAGGAAUAAUCAUAUUUUUAACACCUGCUUAAAAAGACUAGACUGGGAAGCAGUGUUGAACAGGCUCCCCCAGAUCAUUGAAAAGUUAAUAAAAAUAAGAUUUAACACAUUUUAAUAUUUUUAAGUUUCCUGUAAAUUAGCGAUAUCAUUAGCAGGUAUAUAUAUUUUUUAAGACCAAGUUGUUAAGAUUCAUUUUUAUAAAUCGGUUAUUAAAAUGGUCUCUCGUUUCAAAGAAUUUUAUUUAUUUUUAAUAAUGCAGGGUGGCUCUGAUAUUAUAGCCCUGUUUUCAAACAAGUUCGCUUCCUUUUAUUUUUUGAACAAGGGGAACUUUUAGGUUUUUUUCCUUGGUUUUUAGGAGAGGCAUUUUGUGAGUAACUCUGGUUUUACAGUCUUGCGUCUGGACAGAAGAAAUAUCACACAUGGAACCUUUAAGAAAACCUGUGUAAUACUGUGUGACUAACAGUGGUCUUACAGAAACCUAGUGCUGAAACCACACAGUCUGACUUAGACAGGCAAAAUCCACUCAAGUGUGUGUCCUUGUGUGCAUGUUUGGAAGCUGGAGUUAUUGACUACAUUUACAUGCAGGUCAUUCUGUUAUUACUAGCAUUUCAAGCACUUGUGAGGCAUUCUUUCAGAAGGAUAACUGUCAUAAAAAAAAUGCACAAAGCAAUGCUAAUUAUCUUUAAAAAUGGAUGAUGUUGUUAAAUUGCGAUGAAUAUCGUUAUGUAAAGGAUUACUUUUGAUAAUAAUGAAGUUUUCGAUAAGGGUGCACUGAUGUGAUUCUGUACUGCUAUAGGUGCUUUAAGGUGUUUAAGUUUACCUUAAGUGGUAGUAGUGCAAACAGCACCACGUUUCUGCAGUAGCUGAAGUAAUAAAAUCGUAUGUAAAUGUAGUCAAUAACGGUUAUGGACGGACUUGAGGCGUAUUAUAGGUCUGUAAAAUUUUGUGUAAAAUGUGUCUUUGGGGAAGUCCAGUGGCAAAUCUUGACAUCAGAUAUGCCCAUACUAUACUUAAACGCCUUGGAAGAUCCAUACUUGGAUACGUAUGUCAAGUCUUAGAAUUUCUAAAAAUCAAGUAACUAAGAACCAAUGGUUCUUAUCAUCAGAGAUCUGACUUUUCAGGCUGUGACGUUAUAAAUGACUGAGUCACUGUUGGAUUUUGGAAAAGGAUUUUCAGUUAUAAAGCUCUAAUUUUGCUAGAGCUGCACGAAGACAAUAAGUCCCUUUGUAAGAGCGCAUACGGUGCCCUAGUUUUCAAAACCGCAUGGAUGUGUGCAGUGGGGUUAAACGACAGUUUGAUUUGCAUCUUUUCUAUUUCACAUUUGCACUGAUAUGUUCUUGUGUAUCAGUUAACUGUUGAAAAACCAGCACUACUGUCUCAUUUAAAACUAGAGAGUCCAAUGCUAUUGUAUCAACUUUGUCAACAGGGCUCAUGUGCUGUUAUUUUCCAAGGACCUGCCUUGUUUGUAGUAAAUUUGUCACUAUUCCCUUCUCAGACUGACUUGUAUGACAAAUUGGGUAACAUUCAGGAGAACCCAUUUUCCAUCUCUGCAGAAAUGUUUAGCUGUAUCUGCAUUAAUGGCCUUAAUGUUACUUGCCAUUAUAAUGACAAUAAUAUCCUGUACUAUUAGGAUAUUAACAUUAUGUCCAAACAUGGCAUGAGAUCUAAUUAUUGGCUUUUUCAUAUAAAGAGAAAUGGUCUUUGUUCUCUGGAAAAACAUUUGACAAGAAGUCCAAAUAUUUGUUUUGUGGGACUUUGAGCGGUUUAUUUUAAAAUUUAACAAACAGUAAUAAUUAAAUAUUAGUUUACAGUUGAUUAUACUUUAAAUUCUUCUUAUGACUUUUCAAGAUCCCAUUGAAACUUUCCUUUUCACUCUGGCCCAACCAAAAUUGAGUGCCGUAAUUAAAUGGACACCUUCCUCCAUUCACAAGCCUACCUUUACAAGCUUUUGUCAGAGUUGUCUGGUAAGAGAUGGCCUGAAAAGUGAAUGUAAGUAAUUUUAAUCUUUUAAUAAUUUCAACUUUUGUUAUUAAGCAGAUUUUAUUUUUUGCGUGUAAUAACUUGGCUGUAUUCUAUUCCACUAGCUUUAACAUUGACAUUCUGUGAAUGUGAAACUGAAAGUAUUUUUCAUUCGACAUUAGUUACAAUUUUGUAGUUGGUGAAAGCUGGUUAAUUGCUGACCUUGCACAGCAACUAGCUGAUCAUUGUAGCUUUUUUUUUUUUUUUUUCUUCAUGUAGAAGAAAAUGUCAUCCAUUUAACCAUGGAUUACAUAAGACAUCAACAAUCAAAUAUUUUUAGCGCACCUGUUAAUGUCCUUCACAUAAUCAAACAUACAAUGAAGGUAAGGAUUUUAACUUAAAUGUCUUCUCCUACCAUGUGGCAUCCCAGAAUCCCACAAAACACACCUGAAAUGGCCACAGAACAGAAGAUUUGGAUGUCUGGAUGCAUUCAGUAAUGGAGAGGAUAUAAAGGAGUGUUUAUCUCAAAUGUUACGUGUGUUUGUGUUAUGUACAUUUUUUCUUUAACAGGUAUGGCCGGCUUUAAAGAUAAUGGACUGUGGCUGAAGUGUGGCUGGGUAGUAAGGACUUGGAAAAGCUGUAGCUAAGAAACUCAAACGCUGGAUCUGAAACUAGUGAAAGUAGUGAGAUAUAAUCCCUAUUUAAUCAUGUACAUACAAUACAUGAUUUCCUUCCAAGAGAGUAGUCUAAUGAGGUACAUUACUUAGAUGCUUGUCAUUGUGAUAUGGUAGUCAAACCCCUGGGAAGUCAGCUGGAUUGUGAUUCUAAUCCAUCCUUGUAGCAUUCCUGAUGAAUUAAAAAAACUUCUUAUUUUAUCUAAUAUUUUGUACUUGUACUGUAGGGCUGCACGAUUAAUCGUUAGAAAAUCGCGAUCUCGAUUCAUACUUAUGUGCGAUCUCAUUUCCAAAUGACAACGAUUUAAAAAAAAAAAAAAAA